AUGUCUGGCAUUGCUCUUAGCAGACUGUCCCAGGAGCGCAAAGCCUGGAGAAAAGACCACCCGUUUGGUUUUGUUGCUGUGCCUACAAAGAAUCCGGAUGGAACCAUGAAUUUGAUGAAUUGGGAAUGCGCCAUUCCUGGAAAGAAGGGCACCCUCUGGGAGGGAGGACUGUAUAAACUCAGGAUGCUCUUCAAGGAUGAUUAUCCGUCCUCGCCACCCAAAUGCAAGUUUGAGCCACCAAUAUUCCAUCCAAACGUCUACCCAUCUGGCACUGUAUGUUUGUCUAUCUUGGAGGAGGACAAAGACUGGAGGCCUGCCAUCACCAUCAAACAGAUUCUUUUGGGGAUCCAGGAGCUGCUGAAUGAGCCCAACAUUCAAGAUCCAGCACAAGCAGAGGCAUACACAAUUUAUUGUCAGAACCGAAUGGACUACGAGAAGCGGGUCAGGGCCCAGGCCAAGAAGUUCGCACCCACAUAG